UUUUCAGUGUGGAUCAGUCAAGAACACAAACUGAGGCAUAUUUGACUGACGUUUUAUCAUCAAUUUCAAUUUACUUUAACUUUGGAUAUGUGUUUUAAAUUCAUUCUUGCCUUUUCGCUAGUUAUUGCUAACAUUUAUAACGAGUGUUAUGGCCAAGGUAUUUGUGACCUGCCAGACAGUGAUACUGUAGAGCUUGGCGGAAGCUGUAACUUCAACAAGAACACAUGUGGGUACACGUUCCCAACCUCGCUCUGGCGCACCCACACAGAAAGCUUCGGUGGCCUCAUCUACGGUAAAAUACGUGGUGACGAUAACGGCGAGAAGCAGACAUUUGCCUUAUUCCAGUCCAACGACCCGAGCCUUAAUGAGUCGUUAGUUCUUAACAGUAGCAUUGUUUCACCAGAGAUCUAUACAAGACCGGUGUGCCUGAAGUUCUGGUUCCUCAUGCCCAACCAGAACUCCAGACUGGAAGUGUUUACUGUAGAACCACGUGGCAAUAAGACAAACUUGGUGUAUUCGCACGUGUACAGCCCUGCUUCACAGUGGGAAGAAGUAAAGGUUCUGGUAAAUCCCAGCAAUUCUUACAAGUUAGAGUUCCGGUCAACAAAAGAAAAUAACUACGGCUACGUCGGAGUUGAUCAUAUUCAAGUCUUAAUACAGAAAGUCAUAACGACAACCUCUACGACGACGACGACAACAACAACACCACCAACAACAACAACUCGUCCUACAAAAACAACGACAAUAUUAACAACAGAACUACUAACAACUGAAUCAACAACAGAAUAUACUACAGAACCAACAACAACAACAACAACAGUAAUACCAACAACCGAAACAACCACAGAACCAACAACAACAACAACAACAAUGCCAACAACAGAAUCAACCACUUUGACAACAACAGAAACAACAACAACUUCUACUACUUCAACAACAGCAAGAGAAACAACAGAAUUACCAGCAACAGAAACGUCUGUGCAUUCAACAGGUUGUGUGUGCAGCUGUCCGACCGUACGAACGAUAUGCGCUGGUGUACCCCUGCCUUCUACAACUCCAGCUUCGCCGCCUACACUUUGUGACGUACCAGCUGACCAGCGGUCAGUCCUUGACCAGUACAGCUGCGAUUUUGACCACGGAACGUGCGGGUACAAUAUUUCCAGCUAUCCGCACCUGUGGGAAUAUAAAUUUCAUCGAUACGGGGAUCCAGUUGCCGGAGAGAUUAUCGGGGACCAUUCACCAGAGGCGUUAGGUGGUUACGUACUAUUCAACACCUACAACAACCACGUGCAGAAUGGCACAGAGCACGUGUUCCAGUCUCCGGCUCUGCUUCCAUUCACCCAGUACUGUGUAUCAUUCUGGUAUAAUAUGCCGAACAAUGAGUCUCGACUCCAAGUUAAUGCUGCGUUUGAUAACGGUACACGUCUGUUACUAUGGAAACGUGUGGGUCUGGCAACGAACGGAUGGAACAAUGUGCGUUUAGCCGUUAGGAAAAAUUCAUACUUCAGACUCCAGUUCAGCUCGAAGAAAGAAAAUACUGCAGGUUUUCUUGCAGUUGACAGCAUUCAAGUAUCCACAGAGAAACCACGCUUUCCACGAGAUGUAAGGAUGAGAGAAAAUUCAUUGCUUGAUAAUUCCGCAGCAGACGACACAUCCGGCUGUUCAUGCACGUGCCCUGCUUAUCACGUGAUAGACUGUGAUAAAUCUACUCACUCCCCACCAUAUGUUAAGUCGUGCAGAGAUGUCACGAAUGCUGUACUGGAAAAUGAUCUAAGCUGUAAUUUUGACGACGGGAAUUCCUGUAAAUAUGUGCUGCCUGUGUAUCCGCAUGUUUGGGACCUAAUCAGUUAUCGUUAUGGCAACAACACCGUCGGAAUCAUUGACGGCGAUACGUCUAAAGAAGGUACAGGUACAUUCGCAGCGUUUACAACGGAUAAUCACCGCGUGCCGCUUGGAGAGGGCGGGGACAUGGUGUCGACAUACGUGAUGCGUACUGGAAAUCAAUGCCUCAGUUUUUGGUAUAACAUGCCAACUGAUGUUGCCACCUUAAGUAUAAGUACAGAUAACGGAAGUCAAAGAACGUUGCUAUGGUCAAAAUCUCAUGUGAUAACCAAAGGAUGGCAACAAGCAACCAUUUUACUGUCCGGAAAUGAAACUUUUAAAUUGGUGUUUUCCUCCAAGAAGUUGGACAUGGAUGGAUAUUUUGGAAUUGAUGACAUUCAAUUUUAUACGAUAAAAUGAGGACCUCUGCCUAAAAUAAACGUGUGCCUAAUUUGAAAAUUGCUAUACGGCUGUCGCAUUUAUUCAUUUCUUUAUUCAACUGCACAUCUGAUUUUAGUAGAAAAAUAAAAUAAAGUACCUAUACAUUCUCCUAAACUUUGUAACGGCUAACAUGCUUCUUUAGCUUACAACAUUUGUGUUAUCGUGCCCGCGACAAAGCGAAAAGACGAGAUUUUUAGUUUUUGGCGCGUUGUCGCCUCUUCGCUUUGUCGCGGGUGCCUGGGCGGAAAGGCGAGCGAGAUUUCUGGUUUUGGCGCGUUGUCGUCUUUUCGCUUUGUCGCGGGCACAAGAGCGAAAAGGCGACAUUUAUAACUCGACAAGCGAAAAACCAAAAGUUUCGCCUUUUCGCAAAAAGGCGAAUUUGACAGAAAUCAGCCACCAUAUAAUAUAUUAUAACUGUUAUAGCAAGUGAAGUAGCCAGAAAAAAAUGCUAGAAACGCUUGAAGAAACAUUAUGUUCAUGUAUUAAGUUUUGUUGGAUUUUA